UGCCCAAAGCGCCGGUAACUAAGACGGAGCCCGAAUCGGAUGCCGACUCGUCGGACAUGGAGGUGCAGAACGACGGCAAGUGUUGUGUCCCGGACUGCGACUCGACGGGCCAUCUGAGCGGCAAAUUUGACAGUCACUCGACGCUCAACAUGUGUCCCAUAUAUCACAACCUGACGGGCGAUGACUGCCGGCAGCGGUACGGCCGACGAGUGCAGCGCCGACAGGACCGCUCGGACGCCAAUCGACGAGAGUUGCGACAAAAGGCGGCCAACAGUCCCAACACGAAGGAGGACAGGUGUGCGGCGCUCAUAGAGAACCGGCGCAAAGAGAUGCAAAAGGAUGUGCUGACUGUCAGUCCCUCCAAAGCCCAGUCCCCGAACAAAGCGCACAAACAAAAGACUUCCAGCCGUGAGCCGGACCUGAAAGGGUUGACCCCUAUAUUCGAUAUGGAUAUGUUUCGUGAGGCACAGGCGCGGGCGGCUGAGCUCAUACAGGAACAGUUGGCGGCGGAACAGGAGGUCAAGCGCGCCGGUAUAGGACUCGUAGAGAUGGGCAGAUACGAGAUGACUGUCUGGUAUUCAUCGCCCUAUCCCGAGGAAUACCAGUGUUUACCCAAACUCUAUAUCUGCGAGUUUUGCCUCAAAUACACGAAUAGUCCGCUGAUUCUGAAGAGACACCUCCAUAAGUGUGUCCGCAGAUACCCGCCCGGGGAUGAGAUCUACCGGAAGGGCAACAUAUCGUUCUUCGAAGUGGACGGCGAGACAAACAAACAGUUUUGUCAGAAUCUGUGCCUUUUGGCCAAACUAUUCCUCGACCACAAGACCCUCUACUUCGAUGUCGAGCCCUUCCUCUUCUACAUUAUGACCGAAGCCGACGCCGAGGGCUGUCAUAUCGUCGGCUACUUCUCAAAGGAAAAGCAGUCAUUCCUCGCGUACAACGUCUCCUGUAUUCUAACACUACCUCCGUAUCAAAGACAAGGCUUCGGCAGAAUGUUAAUCGAUUUCAGCUAUUUGUUGACCAAAACUGAGGGCAAAGUGGGAUCGCCAGAGAAGCCGCUCUCCGAUUUGGGUCUCAUAUCGUACAGAAGUUAUUGGAAACAAGUUAUACUCGAAUACCUGUCCUCUUACGAGGGAAAGGAUAUCUCCAUUAAAAACGUGAGCUCCCAGACCGGUAUCAACGCCUAUGACAUCGUGUCGACCCUCCAGUCGAUGGGAAUGUUGAAGUACUGGAAGGGUAAGCACCUGGUGUUGACUCAGAAGGAGAUAUUGGAUGAGUUUCGGGUGAAACUCAAGAAACGCAAGAAUCCCAAACUAAUUGAUCCCAAAUGUCUUCACUGGACGCCAAAGACUAAGUGAUUCCUCCGGCAGUGAUGUGUCUGUCCAUUGGCCCACAAAUUCCCUGAUUAUUGAUCGACUCGUUUGUUAACAAAUACACACAAAUUGUUCACUAAAUCUCGCUUUGAAAACCAAAAGUCUUUAUUAAUAUAAGUCUCUGAAAAUUAAUGACACUUUGAAUGAAAAUAUUCCUGUUUUUUCCAGUCAUUCAUUACAUUCAUUGAAAAUGUUUUUCACUCAUUUUGGUCGCCAAAACGUUUCGCAUAUUUUUCUUAUUAUACAUACAAUGAGUUUUAAGUUUUAAAUUUUUGUUUCAUUCAAUCGCAAUGUUUUUUGAUGUAUUUGUUAAACCGAUUAAUUGAUUGAAUCGUUGUUUUUAUUGAAUUGAUUACUCACUCACUCCCCGCCCGUAAUGAUUGCAUAGGUUUUUGUGAGAAAUUAUGUAUAAAAAACUGUAUGAAAACGC